AUGAACUACUUGCACCAAAAAGGAGUUCUUCACUGCGACUUGAAGAGUCCCAACAUUUUGAUAACUGCUUCUGGGGAGGUGCGGCUGUGCGACUUCGGGCUGGCCACCAUUGUGGAGGCCGCGGGCGGGCCGGACUGGUCUGCUGCGGCGCAGCAGCAGCAGCAGCAGCAGCAGCAGCAGGACCCCCAGGCCGCCCACCUCGGCUGCGUCGGCACCCACCACUGGAUGGCACCCGAGAUUCUGCGCGGAGAGCCGUUCACCUUCGCUGCUGAUGUCUACUCCUUCGGCAUUGUGCUCUGGGAAAUGCUUAUGGGCGAUUUGCCCUUCUCAGGAAUUGCGUCUUCCGCGCACCUCAUAACAGUCGUGGGGUACGGAGGAGUCAGCCCCCCACUCGACAAAAUCCCGAGGCCCCUCAGGGGCUUUCUCCGCAGCUGCCUGCAGCAAGACCCUUCUUUGAGGCCCUCUUUUGCUGCUUGUGCGCAGCUGCUGCAGCAGCUGUACACAGCCAACUUGCUGGACGUCGAGGUGGACUUGAACUCGCUGCUCGGGCUCGGCUCUUAG